GCUCCAGCCAUGAACUAUGUGGGGCAGCUGGCGGAGACAGUGUUCGGGACGGUGAAAGAGCUGUAUCGGGGCCUGAACCCGGCCACACUGAGUGGUGGCAUUGAUGUGGUGGUGGUGAAGCAGGAGGAUGGCUCCUUCCGGUGCUCCCCCUUCCACGUGCGCUUCGGCAAGCUGGGCGUGCUUCGGUCUCGGGAGAAGGUGGUGGACAUCGAGAUCAAUGGGGAGCCAGUGGAUUUGCACAUGAAGCUGGGGGACAGUGGGGAGGCCUUCUUCGUUCAGGAGCUGGAGGACGAAGAGGAACACGUGCCCCCCCGCCUGUGCACUUCACCUAUUCCUUGGGGGGGCCUGUCCGGCUUCCCCUCAGACUCCCAGGUGGGCACAGCCAGCGAGCCUGAGGCCAUCAUGGGGGGCACGGCCUCCACGGGGCGGAAGAAGAGGCGUCGCAGGAGGAAACCUCGCCGGAAGGAGGAGGCCAUAGCCACAGACUCGAGUUCAGAGGAGCUGGAGGCAGGCACUGAGACUGAGCUUUCCCCACUAGAAAAGCCAGUGACUACAGGCAUCCAGUUGGAAGGGGAGCUCUCAUCGCAGCCCAAAGACAUCUGCUACUCCGAUGGCGAGUGGCCUCUGCAGGCCAGCCUCUCUCCUAAUCUGACGUCUCCGAAGAGUGACUCUGAGCUGGAGCUGAGGACCCCUGAGCCUAUCCCUCUGCGAGCUGAGUCCCACAUGCAGUGGGCCUGGGGGAGACUCCCUAAGGUGGCCAAAGCUGAGCGCACAGAGUCGUCGACCAUCCCUGAGAGCCUAGAUGGAAACGUCCCAUCCCAAGGAGAGCCCAGCAUACCCCCAACUCCUGCAGUUGGUCUCUCCCCUGCAGUUCCCCCAGUCCUACAAAUAGUGGCUGGCACUGAGCUUCUGCCUCCCAUGGAAGUGCCUUCUUCGGUGGCUUCUCCUCCCCUAACCAAAGCUCAUAGUGCUGGGGACAUGAGCACCACUCUUGCCUCAAAGUCCUGGAGCUGGUCAUCUCUGGAGAUCCCUGUUCCCCCCCGGCAGCCGGAGGAGGUCGCCAGCAAGAAAGGCUUGCCGAGGAGGAGCCAGCACCUGGGCCCCAGCGACAUCUACCUGGAUGACUUGCCCUCCCUGGAUUCAGAAAAUGCUGCCCUCUACUUUCCCCAGAGUGACAGUGGGCUGGGGCCCAGGAGGUGGAGUGAGCCUGGCAGCCAGCAGCUCCUGAGAAUCCCCAAUCCUGAGCAGGAGCCGGAACACACUCAGGGCACAGUAGAUGUUGUUGCCCUGUCCCUAUGUGGGGGGCUGGCUGAUAGCCGGGACAUCCCCCCAGCAAAGUUUCAACAGCAUGCUGUGACCUACCAUGACCUCACCCAGAACCCUGGUCUCCUGGAUGACCCAAACCUGGUGGUGAAAGUGAAUGAGAAGCACUAUAACUGGGCCGUGGCUGCUCCCAUGAUCCUCUCCCUGCAGGCCUUCCAGAAGAACCUACCCAAGAGCACUGUGGACAAGCUGGAGAAGGAGAAGAUGCCUCGAAAGGGGGGACGCUGGUGGUUUUCCUGGCGCCGCAGGGACUUCUCAGCAGAGGAGCGCAGUGCCCAGAGGGAGAAAACCAAAGCCAGGGAGCAGCAGGGGGAGAAAGCAGAUGUCCUGAGCAGUGAGGAUGAUGCCCUGGACAGCCCUGUGGUCCUCGAGGUCCCAUCCCUGCCACCCUCACCCCCAAUCUACACGCCGACCUGCAAGAAGUCACUCCGCCUCUCCUCUGAGCAGAUUAGUCGACUGAACCUGCAAGAAGGAGCCAAUGAUGUAGUCUUCAGCGUGACCACCCAGUACCAGGGCACGUGCCGCUGCACCGCCACCAUCUAUUUGUGGAAAUGGGAUGACAAGGUGGUCAUCUCCGACAUUGACGGCACCAUCACCAAGUCGGACGCCCUGGGCCACAUCCUGCCCCAGCUGGGAAAAGACUGGACACACCAGGGAAUCACCAGCUUGUACCACAAAAUCCACCUAAAUGGGUACAAGUUCCUGUACUGCUCAGCACGGGCCAUUGGCAUGGCUGAACUCACCAAGGGGUACCUGCGGUGGGUGAGCGAGCAGGGCUGUGGCCUUCCCAGAGGCCCCAUCCUGCUGUCUCCCAGCAGCCUCUUCUCUGCCCUUCAUAGGGAAGUGAUUGAGAAAAAACCAGAAGUGUUCAAGAUCGCCUGCCUGAGUGACAUCCGGCAGCUCUUCGGACCCCGACAGCCCUUCCACGCCGCAUUUGGGAACAGGCCCAAUGAUGUCACAGCCUACCGGCAGGUGGGAGUCCCCACAUCCCGAAUCUUCACCGUCAACCCUCGGGGCGAGCUCAUCCAGGAACUCAUCAAGAACCACAAGUCCACGUACCAGCGGCUCAGUGAGGUAGUGGAGCUUCUCUUCCCCCCAGUAGUCCGUGGCCCCAGCAUGGAUCUGGCGGACCCUGAGUACAGCGACUUCUGCUACUGGCAACAGCCUCAUAUCACGGUGGACUUUGACACCCUGUCCUGAACCUGUCCUCUUGGCCCAGAACCAUUUGCAUGUCCCAGGGCCUAGGGAGCCUAUGUGCCCCAGGAUCCAGUCCUCAAAGGAAGGGCUGUGGGUAUGGGCUUGCCUACACACCCAACAUCUUCCUCUUUCCCAUCUUG